UAUUAUAGUUUCGAGGGCCAACCCUUGUAUUUACACAUAUUUGGUAGAUUUCCUUUUCCCAAUCGGUUUAGGAACUUGUAUAUAUAUCAUCGAUAACAUAUGAUUCUCAAAUUCAAUAUCGGCUAGGGAUGACGACGAGGAUGGCAGGAUUCGGCGAGGAAGAAAGUGGGAUCUCAGACAGUGAGAUCAUAGAGGGUUUUCUGCGGCCAAAGAUUGAAGGAGAAGCAGUGGCGAUUCCGGGAUUGAUAGUGGAAUUAGGGGAGGAGUUGUACACUCGAGAGCCAUGGCUCCUUCCGCAGACAGCCCAUCCCAUCCUUAACCCUCGAGAGUGGCUCUACUUGGGGAAACCGAAACGAAAUAAUUUCCCCGUUGAAGGAGUUGAUCACGAAGGGUGUUGGGUUCGCAUUGGAAGUGCCAUCUUGAUCCGAUCCGAGGAGACUGAUGAAAUAAUUGGGGGAACGUCGAGAUUCAGAUAUCGCUUCAGGAACAAGGGGGACAAACAUGCUCUGAGAUUGCUGAAAAGGCUUGAUUUCUCUGAGAUGAAAUUCAGCUUGUACUUCCUGGAUACUUCAACAGCUCCAACGGAUCCAACUGCAACAAUUGAACUGACUCAUAACUGGGGUACGGAGAGUGAUCCGGAGUUUAAAGGUGGGAACUCCGAGCCUCGUGAAUUUGGGCAUACUGGGGUAACGGUUGAUGAUGUGCACAAGGCAUGCGAGAGAUUUGAACAGCUGGAAGUAGAGUUUGUCAAGAAACCGAACGAUGUUGGCAGGAAAGAUGAAGAAUAUAGCCUUCAUCAAGGAUCCUGAUGGCUACUGGAUCGAGAUCUUUAAUCUCAAGUCUAUCGGGACAACAACCGGAAACGCAGCUUGAAGUAGUUCAAGAUUGUGCUGUUUGUGUUCUUGUGUUCAUUCCACCUGAGUUUGAAUACAAAUAAAGAUGUUUUUUGUCUCAACGAAUAAGAGAAAAUGAACUAACCACUAUACCUACACUCUUCUCAAAGAAUGUAUAUAAUCAUAGAAAGACAGAUAUAGAUUGCAUCUUGGUUUCAAACGAGUUGUAGAAGUAGUUCCUGGAUGAAUGUAAUGGACUGUCUUUAUGUUCACGGUACUACUUUGUAGUUUGUAUGGAUGUUGUCUUUAUGUUCACGGUACCAUACUUUGCAUAACUAGCAAACAUCGUAUGGUCUUAUUAUUAAUCAGAAACAGCAGCUUUGGUCGCA